CUUUGUCUGAGCCCGUUUCGAUGCUCCGCCUUGUUAUUUAUUUAUUUCUUUUUCAUUUGUGGGGUAUAUUUUCAUAUAUCCAUAUAUCUCGGUUAUUGAAUGACAUUCGAUUCUGACACAUAUAUGCCUAAAAGCAAAGCCCCGAAAAUGGAUGAUCUGGACUACAUCCCAGCGGACCUGAGCCCGGAUGAGCGCUCUGAGCUGGAGGAGAUCCGGCGCAGGAAGGGAGCUCUGAUUCUCGAGAUCCAUAGACUGAAAGAAGAGCUGAGAGAAGCGAUUAUAGAGGUGGAGGGGCUGGAGACCAGCACAGAGGGCAGCAAAACUUUACAGAAGAGUCGACAUGUGGCCAUGGGGAGGAAAAAAUUCAACAUGGACCCAAAAAAGGGCAUUGUAUUCCUAGUGGAGAAUGAGCUGCUCAGACACACUUCAGAGGACAUUGCUCAGUUUCUGUACAAAGGAGAAGGACUCAAUAAAACUGCAAUAGGAGACUAUCUUGGUGAAAGAGAUGACUUCAAUAUUAAAGUAUUGCAGGCCUUUGUUGAUCUUCAUGAAUUCACAGAUCUGAACUUGGUACAAGCACUUCGGCAGUUUCUGUGGAGUUUUCGGUUGCCAGGCGAGGCUCAGAAAAUUGACAGAAUGAUGGAGGCAUUUGCUCAGAGAUACUGCCACUGCAAUCCUGGAGUUUUCCAGAGCACAGACACCUGUUACGUGCUGUCGUUUUCCAUCAUCAUGUUGAACACUAGUCUGCACAACCCAAAUGUGCGGGACAAGCCCACGGUGGAGCGCUUCAUCAGCAUGAACAGAGGCAUCAAUGAUGGAGGAGAUUUACCAGAGGAGCUGCUUAGAAAUCUUUAUGACAGCAUUAAGAACGAGCCCUUUAAGAUCCCAGAGGAUGAUGGGAAUGACCUGACACACACUUUCUUUAACCCUGACAGAGAGGGCUGGCUCCUCAAACUGGGAGGUCGCGUGAAAACAUGGAAGAGACGGUGGUUUAUUCUGACAGAUAACUGCCUUUAUUACUUUGAGUACACAACAGAUAAAGAGCCCAGAGGCAUCAUUCCAUUGGAGAACCUGAGUAUCCGUGAGGUUGAAGAUCCUAGGAAACCGAACUGUUUUGAGCUGUACAUCCCUAAUAACCGCGGGCAGCUGAUUAAAGCUUGUAAGACUGAGGCUGAUGGGAGAGUUGUGGAGGGAAAUCACAUGGUGUACCGGAUCUCAGCCCCCACCCCAGAGGAAAAGGAUGAGUGGAUCCACAGCAUCAAGUCUGCUGUGAGUGUGGACCCCUUCUACGAAAUGCUUGCAGCCAGGAAGAAACGUAUUUCCCUCAAGAAAAAGGAAGAGCAACCUUGAAACAUCUUCAGUCCUCCCUUAUCAUUCCAUACUCUUACACAUCCUUUACUCCAGUAGAAGACAAACUCCCUCCAUUCUCAAACUCUUCCCUGUUCCAUUGAGGUAGCUCUUUUCCUGUCACCAGAAGGAUCCGUUAUGCUAGUUUUAAGGAGAGAUGGAUGUCGUCAGUAAUUCAAUCUUCUUUGGUCUGGAUUCAGCAGGUCUGGCAUGCACAAUUGCCCAUCUCUUACAUCCAUACUUCUUCCACGCAGUGACUUCUGCAUAAAUCUCCAUCCUGCAUCCCUUAAUGUAUAGUUCACCCAAAAAUGAAAAUUCUGUCAUUUUUGCUCACCUUCAUGUUGUUACAAAGUGCUCUUUUCCAAAGACUUCCAGUAAGCUCUAGAAUGGACAUAAAACGCCAAAAAAGCACCAUAAAAGUAUUUCAUAUUACUCAUGUACCAUAUUUAAAGUCUUCUGAAUUCAUACGAUAGCUUUGUGUGAGGAACGGACCGAAAUUUGUCUGGUCUAGCACGUUUGGUUUUAUGUAAUGCCAUUUGGGUGUCAUUGAUUUUGGUUUUUGUCCUUUUUGGAGCUUGACAGCUGUGGUCACUAUGAACUGAUGUUAUAAUAAUAACAACAGUAUUUCAACUGUCUAAAACAACACAAGGGUGAGUAAAUAAUGGCAGAAUUUACAUUUUGUGGUAAACAGUUGUUUUAAACUUUGUGCAAGGCACUGGCUUUCAUUGUUUGUCUCCUGUACACUACGUUUUACACACUACAUUCCUAUUCUGCACACUUCCUCACCUCUUUAUUUGUUCAUUACAAACUUUUACCAUUGUACUUCCACAGUUACCUCUCUCUUUACAACUGAUCUCACAUUUGGUGGCUUCUGACCACCGCUCUUGCUAUUUACAGCAUUGUACUGUGAAGUUCUUAAACCUUACAGGGUAGACGACCAAACAGCUUUAUGUUUUCUUCAUCAUUACCAUCAUCAGGGACAGGUCUAACAGCCUUUAGCUGAGUUGAGCUUCUCUAGCUUUGUAGACCGUGUUACUGAUCUUAUAGGAGGUUUCGCUCAUGCUGAAGGCUUUUGUUUGUCUGGUCUAUUCAUCUGCCUGUCUUAGACUUGUUUGUCUAAACUGACACUAUUAUCUAUUAUUGAUUUGAGUUUAUGUACAUGUUAUAAAUGAAGAUGAAAAUGAAGGUCAUUGCUAUUCAUACCACAUAUCAAUCUGAGAGUAAAAAACAUUCAUCUAUAAUGAAUUAAAGAUCAGCCAAAAAAGAAAAUUCAGUCAUUGUUUACUCACCUCUGUGUUGUUAUAACCCUGUAUGACUUUCUUUUUCGUAACACAAAAGGAGAAAUUGUGAAAAAAAAAUUGUGCUCCGUGAUGUCAUACAUUUGCAG